GUUUGUUUGUAUUUUUUUUGAAGCUGGAUAACCGUAGCCUAGCUAGCUAGCUAGCUGGAGUCUCCGACUACUAGGCCAAUUUAAAAGUGGCACUGCUAUUAUAGAUUAAAUGCUUUACCAUGCCGCCGGCAAGGGGAGUCAAGAAGCCCAAGGAGGACAAAAGCGACCACCGUGUGCUGGCCAACAGGUACAGAGUAGAGAAGAAGCUUGGCAGUGGCAGUUUUGGUACAGCAUUCCUUGUGUAUGAUAUGAGAGCAAAUAAAACAAGAGGAGAUGAAGAAUGGAAAGUUCUGAAGGAGAUUCCUUGUGGAGAACUAGCCCCAGAUGAGACAGUAGGUGCAAUGCAUGAGGCUAAGCUAUUAUCACGACUACAACACCCAAAUAUUGUUAGAUAUUAUGACAGCUUUCUGGAUGGAGAAUUCUUCUGCAUUAUUACGGAGUAUUGUGAGGGUGGAGACCUGAGUGACAAGAUUACAGCAUGGAAGAAAGCUGGCAAGCGCUUUGACCAAGGGGUUGUUAUGGACUGGUUUGUGCAGCUAGUCCUGGCUGUUCAACAUAUGCAUAAACGGAAAGUGCUCCACCGAGAUCUGAAGACAUCCAACAUCUUUUUAAAGAAUAACAUGAUUAAAAUUGGGGAUUUUGGUAUAUCACGCGUAUUGAUGGGGACAACUGACUAUGCAAGCACAUUUAUCGGAACACCUUACUACAUGAGCCCAGAAGUACUCAAACAUGAGGGAUAUAACUCCAAAUCAGAUUUAUGGUCUGUUGCUUGUAUACUAUAUGAGAUCUGUGCUUUGCAACAUGCAUUUGAAGGCCAGUCCUUAAUGGGUAUCAUGUAUAAGAUAGUUGAAGGCAACAAGCCGGAGAUACCCGAUGCAUAUCAUCAGAAUCUACGUCAACUUAUACAAAGGUUACUAGAAAAAGAUCCUUCCAAGAGACCAUCUGCAACCGAAAUCACUAAAAUAGACUUUGUAGCACGACAUAUAGAGAAAAUGAAAAACAAGAUUGCAGAGUUCAAGGAACAUAAAGAUGACCUCCAGAGUCAGAAAACUGAUGCGGAUGAUAUUGCCAGGAUGUUACGAGAAAAGACCCACCUUGAAGAUCUACAAAAUGAAAGCCUACAGAGGAAACAGGCAGAACUUAAGCACAUGACACCCAGAGAGCGAAUGAGAUUGAAGAAAAUGCAAAAAGCGGAUGAAAAAGCAAAACUUCUAAGUUAUGAAGCUCGGAAAAAUCUAGCUGACAACGUCCAAAGAAAGACCCAAAUUCAAGAGGAUAUGGGUACAAUAAAACCACCGGUUUGGCAAGGAGGUACCUCAAAGCGUAUACCGUGGGUUGUAGAUAACCCUGACGUGUACAAUGACCCAGCAUUCCGAGCCAAUCUUCCUCCCAGCACUCCUGAUAUCUCUGAUUACCAUGCAGACGACGAAUACUACGCUAACACCGACACAGGCCAUUAUUUCGAUAGAGAAGAAAUUGGAACCAUAAGACAAGCUCCGCAACAGACUCUAAGUAUAAAUUCAUCAUAUGAUGAUCGUCCAAUCACGCCAAUGAAAAAAAAUUCCAUCGACUUUGAUGAUCCAAAUAUCUCGAUGGCAGCGCCACCAGGUGUUAAAUUGCUUCCAAAGAAGAAAUCCGUUGAAAACGGCAACAAGAAUAAUUCGCACGAAUCAAGUAAUCUUUCCGCGGAAAACAAGCCUAAAGAGCAGGUAAUUCCACAGGAAAUUUUAAACCAGAUACCGGAGGAUGCUGAUGCCGCUGACACGUUCUACUCUCAGCAUGAGGAAUUUGAAUCUGAUUCGGAUGUUGAUGAAGAUGAAGACGACGACCAAGAGGAUGAUUGUGGUGCGUUGAUGAAUUGUCUGCAGAGUGCUCUAGACUCAACUGUACAAGAUAACAAUGCUACAAUCACUGAUGACACGGUUGGAGUUUUCUCACCAGCAGUGCGUACCACCAAAAUCAAGAAUCUAAGAAUAGAAUGUGAAAAGAAAUUAGGGAAAGAUGCAUUCCGGAAAGCAUACGCAUUCCUAAAGGACGCAAGAUUUGGUGACAAGAAAGGCGGCAUGGCAACAUUGGAUGAGAAUGCGAUCAUGAAGGGUCUUCGACAGUUUGUCCGUAACCCUAGUGACUGCUUCCUCGUUGAUCAGCUUCUGUUUUUGGAGGAACAAGCUAAGAUGAUGAAGUGAUGAUUUGGUAAAUUCUUCAUAAAAUUUAAUUUAUACAAAAUGGAGGCAGAGUUACUAUAAUGCUAAAUCUACUGUAUAGCAUUUGGUCUUCAAAAAAGUGUAAUGUAAGAAACAAAAUGGUUGUUCCUGUAGUGCAAACAUUUAAUUCUAGUUAACAGGGGUUGCACCAGUGGGUGGGCCAGGGACAGGAACACCUGGCCCAUCCGUUGGGAGUUGCAGAAAAAUUUUGUCGGUUUAAAUUUAAAUUAGAAUCAUUUUUUAAGCCAGAUACAACUGGCCUGAGAGUUUUCGGCCAAUAGAGGGCUGAGGUGGAUGUGGACCAUCUGCUGAAGAAUGAUAGAGAGUGUCUGGGAAAUGCUGUCUAGUUACAGUAGAAUACUGGAGUGUGCAUAUGACUGUUCAACUUUCCAAUGUACUUGGCUUUUUGCUUUUAAACAGCAUGUGCGAUGGAAGUUUCAUUUAUAAGCAAAACCACCUUGACGUAAUGCUAACCACCAAACCAUAUUUUUUGCCAGUGUUGAACCCAGGAUUCUUGGCCAACACCGUAUCCACACAUGCAUCCCAAAUCGCCUGCAUAUCACCUGCAAGUUGCAUGAGACUUUCAGGGAAACCAGCAGUCUUGUGCACACAAUUAAAACCCUUCUGCAAUUAACCAACAUCUCGCAAUUUGGCUAGUCAUAGGUGUCACUGUCUCUAGCAAGGUACAAUAAGAUGGUUCUCAAACUUUUUGGCAGACCAAACAGACGUUCAGUCAUUUUUUUAUGACCAACUUAACUGGGAUAUUAAAAACCAGAAACUCAAAAUGGGUCAUUAACUGGUAAACAAAAUUGAAGUAAAAUGUUCAUAUGAUACUUAGAAUUUGCUUUCUGUGCUAGAGUAUAUUUUAGCAUGAUAUAAAAUUCGAUUUUUGAAAAACCAUGUUCAGAAAGCUCAUUAAACUACUUCUCCCUGUAGUAGCUCUUCCCAACUUGUGAUCCAUGUUCACCAAGCCUUAGUUUCACACUACCCUCUGUCAUUUAUAUAAUUUUUUCUUUCAUGCCCUUAGUCUUUCAUGACAAUUUCUCCAAAGUUUUUUUUUUAUCAAAUUGCCAACUUACAAAGAAUGUUUUACUAGUCAUUUUAAUGCUUGUCUUUUUAAAGUUUAUUUUGGGUAUUGGUUAUUAACCACUUAAUAACAUGUAGAUAGAACUAUGCACAAUUUUGAUUUGAAAUUCGAUAAGCCUGGUAAUAGGCAAACAACUGAUAAAUAUAAAUCUAUGGCCCUAUGUUAUUUAUACCAUUCUGUAUCAAUGUGACAUUGUGAUACAGCUAAUCGUAUUUUUUAAUACAUGGCUACAGACGUACAAUAUUACAAUUUGUCUGUGUUAAAAAAAAUCUUCAAGAAUGGUAUACUUUCAUUUUCAAAUUGAUGUGUACACUUAACCAGUGGUUUUUGAGAAACAAAUUUACGUCAUUUAUUUUUCAGUGUCUAGUACGUACUGCAGGUCUCCCACCAAUUAGAGACCACUUUUCGGACCGGAGUUUUCACUGUCUUUAGCAUCUUUGGUCUCUAAGUAAGAUAAAAAAGAUAAAAGACAUUUGUUAAUUUGUGACCACAGAAAAGUGGUCUUUAAUUGGAGGUGGUUUUUAGUUGGGGGUCUUUAAUUGGAGGGAGAUCUGUAUAUGUUAAGGGCAGCAUUUAAGCCUUGAUGAUCAGUGACUGCCAAAUAUUUUUUUAGGAUUUUAAAAUCUGAGAAUUACUGAAGAUUGUUGACAUUCAACACGGUGAAUUGUAAUGAAAUAAAAUUAUGUACAUGGUUUUUAAUUUUUAUUUGGAAUAAAUUCCAAAUAUUUAAUGCAAAAAAAAUUUGACAGAAGCUGCAUCCAGCAUCCCUCUUUUUACACGCUGAUUCAGUUUUUAUUGGUUCGGUAGGCCUCCUGAUCCGAAAAUUUGGAUUCGGUGUGAAUGCCCCUUAAUAGCAGUAGAUUUUCCAUCUUGUGAUAUUAUUGUAUAUGUAUUUAAAAUAAAACAUAUGUAAGAUUUCCAAAGAAGAAUGUAGGAAAGAAACAAAGUAGACAAAUCUGCUUGGUGGAAGCUGGAGAAACCUAAAUAAUUUUCGUCUAUUAGGCACGUUGCACCAGCAACCAAGAGUCGAUGCACUUUUUGUGGGAUGAUGGCGACAGUUAAUUAUUAGGGCUUUCGAUUUUCAAUGAUGUAGAAUAUACUGUAAUGAGAUCAUGUUAGUUUAACUGCGCAUUUCUGAACACUCCUGAAAUCUAAAACAGUGUUUCAAGGACUGUGCUGUAUUAAACAUUAUUGCAUCGGUCUUUGUGUUCGUAACAUCUCCGCAUGUGCUUUGUAAGGAAUCAAAAUGGAGUUACUUUAGAACGAAAAAGACCUCUGUCAUGCAUGAGUGAAUAUGUUUCGCAUUCCAGUACUCCCUAUAAGCCCAUUCCAUAUCUUGGGCUAUAAUUCUGAAAUUUGUUUUUUUCACCCAAGAAACCAUUAACCAUUGCUACAGUGUUCACCUUAACAACAAAAAAUACUUAAUAAUCAUUCCAAAUUAUUAAUCCGUCCAAUUGAAUGUAAAUUUUAUGAUCAUCUUUUAUAUUUCAAAUUUUGUAUUAAGAAAAUUACCUUGUUUGAAUUUUGUAUUUUUUUUUUUUACUUAUCAAGAGUAAAUUAAAAACCCAUUGCCUCAUUAUCAUAUUAUUCAAAAUACUUGAUGAAAAUGUAUCAAAUACUCUAGGCGAGGCUUAUUUUAUUCCUUGUUUCAUGAACCCACCGCCCUCCAAUAUUGUUAAUUUAGAAUAAAAAUAAAAUUUUAUUCUUGGCUAAUAAGUGCACCCGCCCCCGUGAAAAAAUGAAAAUUUCAGAAAAUUUCUUUAUUUUUAUUACGUCUGUGGCUGCCUUGAAAUCUCCAAAAAUAAAAUAUUUAUAUUUCUUCCUAUAUUUAUAAAUUUAACCAUUCCAUUACUACACUGUUUACAUUCCUCCGUCAGGAUGUUUUUGGCUACACAAGAAAACAAAAUUUGUUUUUGGCUAAACAAGAAAACAAAAUUUUAUUUUUGGUUUUUUUUUUUCACCCGGCUCUGACGAACUUUAAAAAUAUAAGUUCGCGAAACAAGGAAUAAAAAAAGUCUCACCCUAUCUAGUAAAGUUGUACAUUAAUACCACUAUUUAUUUUUUUUCUCUGAUACUCAACUGUAUGAGUUUGUAUACUUAGGCUCUGUCCAGACUUGUCAAAUUUUAUUGGACGCCUAAAUGUGGGACAUCAAAUCAUGACCAUAUAUUGGUACGUAAUUACUAUAUGUGGGCAUACAACAGUUUUUGUCAAAGAAAAUGUGAUAGUGUUGAGAGAGAUUAAGAAUGAACAUUUUAAAUGCGGAUUGGUUAAAUUGCUAAUCAUGUUGCAAUUGUAAGGAAAAUCAUGAGGAAGCUUUUGGAAAUCAUUAGCCUGGGUUCGAGGCCCUAUUUGUGGGUUACCAACUCUUUAUUGCGCUUAUUCCGCACCCUACUUAAUUUAUUUGGCAUCCCAUACUCGAUUUUUUACUUAUUCUGUCUCAAAAUUAACUUGCUCGUUGGUGGCGCUGUCCAGAAUAAGUAAAAAAAGUAACAAUAAGGGACUUGUGGCAAGUCUAGAAAAUCAUGUGCUAGAUAAGCUAAUUCUGCUGUGGAUAUUUUGACAUAGGCUAAACUCAUACAUACAGCAAUGCUGUAAAAUUGUCAAAUACAUUCAGUCAAUUAUUUACAGCAAGGUAAUUCAUAAUUCAAUUUUAUUUUAAUAUAUUUAUAUUUGUACACAGACUGUGUUCACAUCAUCAUUACACAAUAAGCUAAAUAGCAUUUAAUUUUAAAGCCCUGUCCAGACUAUCCAGUAUUAUUUGACAAAACAUGUGACAUGCCUAUAUAUGGUCAUCAUGACAUCACAUCAUGACCACAUAUAGGCACAUCAUGACUAUAUAUGGGCAUGUAACAGUAUUUUGUCAAAGAAAAUGUAAUAGUGUGGACAGAGCUUUAAAAAGAUAAGGCCAAAAAUAGAUUGAGAUGCCCAAGACCCACCCACCCAAAAUGGACCUUCCCAGCGUGUCAAUCAAACUUAACAACUGACCAAUCAGAACAAGACCUGGAAUACGUGUUGUCACUGUCAUUUUGUGGGACCUUAGCAUCAAUAUCUAUUGGGCGGGACUUAGCGGACAGGUCCAUUACAAACCAAGGGCCAGAUUUUUUUUUUAUUAUAGUUUUAGUAAUGUUUUGAAGGGGAACUUUUAAACAUAGGUUAGUUUGGUUUAGGCCUAGGCAUAAAUUACUUGAAAAUAUUAUUGUUAAAUGUCACUAUGUUUGGGCAGUGGAAAUAUUUUUGACCCAAUCAUAAAUCACCUUGAUUCUUAAAUUAUUUAUUUUUUUAGCAACAUGCAAUCAAUAUUUGAAUCAAUUAUUUUUGUAAACAGAUUCAGUGGCAUCACCAGUAUAGGGUGGGGGAUGUCAUCGAAGUAUCCUGGUCCCCACUUCAGGAAAGAAGCCAAUCAUUUCGUCUUUGUACAUUGGGUAGAAAAAAUCUUGGCCCCUGAACAGGGAUUCUUAUGCAUAUAACGGUACCUUUAAAUUUUUUGCCUAGCAACUUAGUCAUUAUUUCCAAAUCUGUAAACCAGUUGAAAAUUGUUUCGGUUUGGGUCUUAUUAAAAGUUGAUUGCAUAUUUGCUCUUAUAGUAUGCUACGUGAAUAGUUCCAAGUGGUUUAAAUAUGCUCUGUAUAUGCAAAUCCAUAUUAUUGAAUAAUUAUUUUAAUAAAUGCGUAAUAUGUUAAAAUUCAAGAUGAUUAUUUUUGUUCCAAAAUGCAAACUGAUUGUAUAAAAAAAAAAUUUUCAGCUUAAGUAUUUUGUGUAUAUUAAUUUUGUAUAUAGAGUGCAGUGGCUAUAUUUUAAAUAAACGAUUCAAAAAAUAAUUA